AUGUCGAGCGAUGAAAGUAACGCGGAAAAGUUACGCGAUAUAGACUAUGAAAAAGUAUCGUGGAUUCAUGACCUAUCGAAAGCUGAACUAAUAGAGCGGUUAAUAAAAGUAGCCGCAGCAUACGUCGAUGUAAAGUUCAAGGAGACUGAUAGUGUCGACGCGUUGCGAAAAGUGCUGAAAAACCACGUAAAAAGUGUCGCUGAACUCCGUGCAGCAGCUAAAAAUCGGAAAAGCGCGGAAAGUGAAACAGUAAACGGACAAAGUGGAGACUCGACAGAGAAAAACUUGACACGUGCAAGUUUAUUAGUAAACGAGGAUAAAAGUAAGGUGAAAAUAAAGAAGGCAACUCACGCGAUGGAAAAUAAUGAUGCAAAAUUGCGAUUCGAAUUGGGAAAAGACGAUUGGGACACGUAUACGGAAAGACUCGAGUUAUAUUUCACUUUAAAUGACGUGGAAAAUGACAAACAAGUAGCCGCGCUACUAACUAAAGUGAGUGCAGAUACUUAUAAGUUAAUACGCGAUCUAUGUGCACCGGUUAAACCCAAGGAUAAAACGUUCGAUGAACUGGUGACUUUGGUGAAAAACCAUCUUUGUCCCAAACCGUCGGAAGCGAUGGAAAGGUGUAAAUUUCACCAGGCUCAACAAACAGCAACAGAAUCGGUUGCAGAUUUCGUCGCACGUCUAAAAAACCUAACACUGAAUUGCAAUUUUACAAACAUCGAUACGGCGAUAAGGGACCAGCUCGUUUGUGGACUAAGAAACCACAAUACGAAAAUUAUGCUGUUCAAGGAGGAGAAUUUAACGUACGCUAACGCGUAUAAGAUCGCUACCGCUUUGGAGGAAGCUGAAAAAAAUGCAUCAACAACCGAUAAGCUAAGCCCAGGGCCGAGUACGGAUUCCGACGUGAAUCUCGUGCGAUCAAAACAACGUGAGCAGGCAGGCCGAGGAAAAGGAAAGCAAACUGGCAGAGGCAAACUCAGAAGCCGCGGGAACAACAGGCGAAUUCCAAGCAACCAAGGGCAGCAGAGAAAUUCCAACGGGGAUAUACCUGCUAGGAAAUGUUUCUGCUGUGGCAAAGGCAAUCACAUUGCCCGCGACUGUUUCCAUCGUUUCAAAUCCUGUUCAUCAUGCAAAAGGAGGGGACAUCUAUCGGCAGUAUGUAAACGAAGCCAACGGCAGGAUCACGUGCAGCACCUCGACGACGGCGAAGAAGAUGACGGCAGCGAAGAAGAGGGGAAGUACGAUUUCCUCACUAUGGACGCAGAUUGCGGCGCGAGAAAUACGAAUGUCGGUAACGUAGAUAUUGAUUGUACUAUUGAAGCGGAACCAAUGCGUAUUAACGUAAAAAUAAAUAAAACAGAAAUUAAUAUGGAAAUCGAUACGGGAACUUACAUGUCUAUUAUUUCUCGAGAAACAAAGAAUCGAUUAUUCCCAUUUUCGAAAGUAAAGGCAAUGAAUAGAAAGUUAAAUGCAUACGGUAAAAUUCCGCUAGCUCAAGACGGAUUAUUAGAUAAGUUGGAAGUCGAGUAUAAAGAUGUAAAAGCAACAUUGAGCAUGGUUGUGAUGUCGAGACCGGGACCAAAAUUAAUAGGACGUCAAUGGUUAAAAAUUUUGGGAUUAUGGCCGUUAAAACAUUUAAAUGACUCAGCAAACGAGAUUGAUAAGUGCCAUAAAAUCGAUAAUGCUGACGUUGUAAAAGAGUUCAAAAGUGAAUUCCCGCGAUUGUUCGGUCCGGGCCCAGGAAUUUAUAAUAAAGGAAUGCUCAAAAUCGUAUUGAAAGAUAGUGCAGUACCGGUAUCGUUAAAGGCUAGGAGACUACCGUUUGCAUUAAUGGAAAAAGUAGAAACUGAGAUAAAUCGGUUGGUAAAAUUAAAGCACCUCGAAAAAAUCGAUAUUAGUGAAUGGUCGACACCGAUCGUGCCGGUUAUUAAAAAAGACGGAUCAGUAAGAAUUUGCGGUAAUUUCAAGCUGACGAUAAACCCAUAUUUAGUAAUCGAUCGUCAUCCGAUUCCGUUAAUAGACGAAAUUUUCGCUGCGCUUAGCGGAGGAACGGAGUUUUCGCAAAUCGAUUUAGAACAUGCGUAUAUGCAAAUACCCGUCGAAGAAAGUUCGAGAGAUUAUUUAACCAUCGUCACGCACAAAGGGUUGUUUAGGUACAUAAAGAUGACUGAGGGAAUCGCGUCGGGACCUGGCGACUUUCAGCGCAAGAUUGAGCAAUGCCUUGCCGGUCUUAAUAAUGUAAUUCCAUACCUCGAUAAUAUAUAUUGUACUGGGAAAAAUGACGAUGAACACUUGCAAACGUUACGCGGAGUAUUCAAGCGACUCGAAGAUAGUGGUUUAAGAGUAAACAUAAACAAAUGUGAUUUUUUUAAAGAGCGCUUGGACAUUCUUGGUUUUGUAAUCGAUAAAAACGGGCUGCAUAAAGCGUUCAGUAAAGUUAAAGCUAUCAUUGAGGCACCAAAGCCAAUAAAUCUAAAGCAAUUGCAAUCGUUCAUUGGUCUCGUUAC